AUCCUAUCCUUUUCCUGAUGGAAGAAAACUUAGCCACCUUCCCGAUUGGUUUCCAUCGAAUAAUAUUAGUUUGAUUGUUUUUAUUUUGAUGGCUGUUUUUAAUUAUAAACAAACUAAUAUUAACUAAGAGCAAGUAUCCCGAUUUAUUGUUUUUACGCACACUGUAGCGAAAAUUAAAUUUUAAGUAUCACGUAAUAAUUAAACUAUUAUACACUAUUACAAUUUUCAUAGUGCGUCACAUAUAAUAUUUAUUUAUUAUUUACAUCUACGCUGCUAUUAUUUAAUUUUAUAACAUUCAUGUAGCAAGGAGAUUGACAUUCGGCUGACUUGACGACUGCAAGCUUAAAAUUUGAAUGGCGCCGUGAGAGUGAGAGAGACAGCACGAUAGAAAUUGAUGGCUGCCGCCAUCUCGCGGAGCGUACCGAACUAUCGCUUUCCGUCCCCUCGCCGCUAUACGAACCGUUCUUCUAUAUGAAGUCUAUAUUCGUUGAUAUAGAGGACGCGCGGCGGCGGCGGCGGCGGCGGCGCCGCUGAAAGCAGCGGAGAGGGCAGGAGCCUCGCUAUAGGUAUAUAGAACAUAACGCUGUUUGCUGUAUCGGACAUGCCAGUCCUCUGAGAUGAUCUAUGCAGCGGACACUUGCAAACCAGCCCUAAUUUCAUCAUCAGUACACUGCACACCGCACGCAGUAUAUAUAUAUAUAUAUAAGGUGACACGAAAACGAGAUGUUUUUGUAGCGCUUGGCUUGGAGUGGUGAAGCGCGAUCAAAGCUACCGCCGCGCGUCCUCGGAGCGCGCAGAGUGCAGCGGACUAACUCGAAACUUGGAUUGUGAUUUAUGAUUUGUGCGCGACAUUUCAAGCUUACCAAUAAGAUAUUAAGAUAGGAUAAGUGAUCCGACACACCGACACACGAAUACGGGAGCUCUCGCAUUAUUUUAUAGACGCAUUAUUAUACUUAGACGGAGGCGGGAGAGCAGGCGACGAUGCAGCGCGAGAGAGACAACCCAUCACGGCUGAGACGGCGCAGACAAUUCCAAAAUGUAAGCAAGGCGGCGCGACUCGUCGUCUGCAUUAUCCUUGCUGCUGCAGAAGAAAGCAGGAAAGAAGGCAAGCUGCGGUAAGCAACGGAGACUCGCAGUCGGAGGGAGAAGGAGAGAAAGGGAGAGAAAACAGAGAAAACAGAGAAUAGUGAAGUAGAACAGAUUCUGCGCGUUGCCAGUUGCAUCAGUGUGUGUCGUACACGUACGCGGUGUACGCAUAACAUAAUACCUACAUAUUAUACACAUACACAUGAUACAUCUCCAAGAUGGAGGAGGAGGACACUGGGGAGACGACGACGAGGAGGUGCCUGAUGUCGAGGAGGCGAUCUACCGUCUCGCAAUCCCUAAAAGUUCAAGACGAGCGCACGGCUACCGUGAAAAAGGUUCGGAAAGUUGCGACGAUACUUCAGAAGCCAGAGGACAGCAGGACAUCUGAGGAGUGCGAGUUUCUUGUAUCAUGCAGCGAUAUUGUCAAGCAAGUCAAUCUCAGACAGCAAAAAAGGGACCGAGUGAAAGCGAGACUAGAAGAGGUUGAAGAUGCUCCAGAAAUUCUUGAGGAAAAAUGCAUAAGGUUAGCAGCUGCUAUAAGUCGAGCGACAUCUUUGGCUGUUUACACAGGCGCUGGCAUAAGUACAGCUGCAUCGAUACCAGAUUACAGAGGAACCAAUGGAGUGUGGACACGAUUGCAGCAAGGAAAAGAUAUUGGAAAUCACGAUCUCAGUCAAGCAGAGCCUACGAUAACUCAUAUGGCACUUUAUGCUUUGUACAAAGCUCGGAUGCUGAAACACAUAGUUUCUCAGAACUGCGAUGGAUUGCAUCUGCGAAGUGGUAUACCUCGUCCAUUGCUGUCCGAAGUCCACGGCAAUAUGUACGUCGAAGUUUGCCGAACCUGUAAACCGUCACGCGAAUAUUGGAGGCUGUUUGAUGUAACGGAAAAAACAGCAAGGUAUGCUCAUUCCACUGGUCGAACGUGUCACAAAUGCAACUCGCCUUUGCAAGAUUCGAUUGUGCAUUUUGGUGAGCGGGGCAAUCUUCUCUGGCCAAUCAAUUGGAAUGGAGCUAGUAGAGCUGCCAAACAAGCGGACGUUAUUCUUUGCUUGGGAUCCAGUCUCAAGGUUCUAAAAAAAUAUCCGUGGCUCUGGCAAAUGGACAGGCCUGUAGCCAAGAGGCCGCAACUCUACAUUGUAAAUCUGCAGUGGACGCCCAAGGAUGAUAACGCUGUACUAAAAAUUAAUGGAAAAUGUGACCAAGUCAUGAAAAUAGUCAUGUCCCACUUGGGUAUCGAUAUCCCGUGCUACCAGAGAGCCAAGGAUCCAAUUUUUUAUCAUGCAAUCAAGUUGCAAAGUAACGAAUUGUCGACAACUUCGCAACCUUGCCUGCAGCUCCAGUCGUUACCCUGCGGCUUGAACAAGACGACAAGAACAAGCAAUAAUCAAAACCAACAAGUCGUGAUUGAAAAGGAAGAAAAAAUAGACCAUGACGUGGAAAUCAUACAAGAAAUACCAACAGGUUCUUUAAAUUUUAAGGAAAGACGAUCCGUGUUGCUGCUACCCAACAACGGUAACGACGAAGACAACGACGACGACGAUGAUGACGACGACGACGACGACGACGACGACGACGAUGACGACGACGAUGAUGACGUGUUGACUACCAUUAGCACGGAGAAAGAGCAAGAGGAUGACGAAAAUGGCUGCGACUCGCAAAUUGCAAUUCAGGAUCCAAUAAGUGCUUAUCCGGCUCCGUUUUUUGCAGCUUUACCUUUUCUGUCUAUGGGUCUGCCCUUUCCACCGAUGUACAUAUGCCCCCAGCUGACGCCCUUUCUCUACUAUCACCCAUUCGUCCAGAUACCGGCGGCGGCGGCAGCGGCAACGACGACUUUCGACGCGUCUCUUCAGAAUCAAGACGACCGGCUACCACCCAAGCCCAAGCCAGCCUGCGACUUUUGUAUGGAAAAUGAGGGUUCGCCAACUUGUCUGUAUUAUCAGCGAGAUGUCGACGGCGAUCCCGUGACUACGGAUCUUCUUCUUACUACUUCGGAACCACCACCAGAUCCAAACGAGAUUCAGGAUGACUCCGAACUCCCCCAGACACCACCGGCAGAAGCAGCAGCAGCAGCGUCGAUCACCGACGAAAACGUUCCAGCUGCAUCAUCUGCCAAAAAUCCCGGCUGGUUCGGCAAGGGCUAUCGGAAGGGUAUGAAGAGAAAGCGGUAGCAUCGAAUUCGCACGAAAUACCUUGUACUUGGUUUGUUCCUCUUCCUUCGUGGCAUCAGCCGCGACCGUCGCUUUCAAGAUACACUGCGCAAUAUGCCGUGGAUACUUAAAUUGUAUGAUUGCAUAGUGCGAAAGCGAGCAGGCUUGUGUGUGCAAGUUGCACUGCUUGUAUUUAGGGCUAGUAUGUGCACUGUGCUGCUAGUGCAAGUGGGUUGUGAAAAGAAACUCUUUUCUUGUAAAAUUGUUUUCUUUGCUCCAGAGUUUGCUUCGUUUUAUAGUGAAUCGUCCUUGAAUGUGAGUAAAAGUAGACUAGGGCCAGUAUGCAGAUAAAAUAUAUUUUUGAACCAUGCAUAAAUGACCAACAAUGAAUACUCUGUUUCAGAUAUUAGGUAAUAGAUUCUCAAUGUAUUCUUAUGAAACUUGAGUCACGCUUUCAAGUGUAAUGAUUAAUUUAAAAUUGCACACAAGUAUUCAGUAUUAGAGGAAGACCAAUCAAAAUGAAAUUCCAGAAGUUGCGCGUCUACAAAUCUUAAUUUGUGAAUGCGAUAUUCACGCGUCUGUCUCCUAUAAAUUGCUCCAAGUUUAUUAUUCAAUUCAAGUCAUACAAUACCACUAUACCUAUCCUAUACAAUCUCCAGUCGUAUGUGCCGUGCGCGAGUCAAGAAACUAGAUGUUUGUGCAAGAUUACAUAUAGGUAUGACGCGCCAAUGAUCCAUGAAAUCAAGUUUUGUUUACUAAUAAUAACCUUAAUGCACAACUGCAUUAAACUAGAAUUAGAUUUAGUCGAGAUGGCAGCUAAUGAUAUCAAGUCUUUUAAUACUUGAUUGCAUGUCAUGUGUUGAGUCAGGUUCAUAGUUAUUAAUUCUUCCUUUUUAUGGACUAAAUUACCAAUAUCGUUUUUAUUCGUUAUAUCAAAACUUCGUUUUAAUUGUAAAUAUUUAAAGUUUUUUAUAUUCAUUGAUAAUUUUGUUGUUUGUACAUACUUGAACGUUUGUAUCGCCCAUUCAAAUUUUUAUUAUUUAUAAACAAUAAACCCAACAUUUUUAAAUAGAUCGUCUUACUUCAUCUUGCAUUGUACCCUCGCGUCCAUCCAAGCGUAUAAACAAUAAACCCAACAUUUUUAAAUA